UCAUAGACUGGCUCUUGGCUGGUUCUCUCUCCCUUUCUCUCCUUCCCCAUCUCCCUCUCUUUUCUCCCACGGCUCAUCUGCCCCUCCUUUCCUCCAUCCCCCUCUCCUCUCUGCUCCCUUUAUUUCCACUCCCCACACGCGUAGCUUUGCUCUCCUUCACUCUCUCUCCCCCUCGGCCUGUCUGUAUUUGGAGCUCCCGGAAGCCGCCGGCGACUCUCCCCAGGAGCAGCGUGACUGACACCGACUCUCUUUCAGGGGGGAGGAGGAGGAGAGGAGGAGGGCAAGCUGGAGGAGGGUGCGAGUGGCCGAGCACGGAUUUGCAUUGCCGAAAACAAGACCCCAGGACACCAAGCAGAAUGGCAGAGAUGCAGGGACUGAUGGAAAGAUUGGAGCGGGCAGUCAGCCGACUGGAGUUGCUGUCUGCGAAGUCACACCAGCCUUCUGGGAACUGUGGGGAAAUGAAUGGUGUCAACGGAGGUGUGGCACCCUCGGUGGAAGCUUUUGAUAAACUGAUGAACGGUAUGGUGGCUGAGUUUUUAAAGAAGAGUAGGAUCCUUGCUGGUGACGUGGAGACUCAUGCAGAAAUGGUGCAUAGCGCUUUCCAGGCCCAGCGGGCUUUCCUUCUGAUGGCCUCUCAGUACCAACAACCCCAAGAGAAUGACGUGACUGCACUUCUGAAACCAAUAUCAGAAAAGAUUCAGGAAAUCCAAACUUACAGAGAAAGGAACCGGGGCAGUACAAUGUUUAACCAUCUCUCAGCCGUCAGUGAAAGCAUCCCUGCUCUUGGAUGGAUAGCUGUGUCCCCCAAACCCGGUCCUUAUGUCAAGGAGAUGAAUGAUGCUGCCACCUUUUACACUAACAGGGUUUUGAAGGACUACAAACACAGUGAUUUACGCCAUGUGGAUUGGGUGAAGUCGUAUUUGAACAUUUGGAGUGAGCUUCAAGCAUACAUCAAGGAGCAUCACACUACAGGCCUUACUUGGAGCAAAACAGGUCCAGUAGCAUCGACCACAUCAGUAUUGUCUGCCCUCUCCCCUGGGCCUGGCCUUCCUCCAGCCCUUCCUCCUCCACCUCCUCCAGGGCCACCUCCACUUUUUGAAAAUGAAGGCAGAAAAGAAGAGUCUUCUCCUUCACGCUCAGCUUUAUUUGCACAGCUUAACCAAGGGGAAGAAAUUACAAAAGGACUUCGACACGUCACGGAUGAUCAGAAGACAUACAAGAAUCCCAAUCUGCGGGCUCAAGGAGGACAAACUCCAUCUCCUACCAAAAGCCACACUCCAGGCCCCAAGUCUCCCCAAUCUCAUCCUCGUCAGAAGCAUGCUCCUGUGUUCGAGUUGGAAGGAAAGAAAUGGAGAAUAGAGUACCAAGAGGACAGGAAUGACCUUGUGAUUUCAGAGACUGAAUUGAAACAAGUGGCUUACAUUUUCAAAUGCAACAAGUCUACCCUACAGAUGAAAGGGAAAAUAAAUUCCAUUACGAUUGACAACUGUAAGAAGUUUGGCCUGGUGUUUGACAAUGUGGUGGGCAUUGUGGAAGUGAUCAACUCCAAGGACAUUCAAAUGCAGGUAAUGGGGAGAGUGCCAACAAUUUCCAUUAAUAAAACAGAAGGCUGCCACAUAUACCUCAGUGAAUAUGCAUUAGACUGUGAGAUAGUGAGUGCCAAGUCAUCUGAAAUGAAUAUACUUAUCCCUCAGGAUGGCGAUUAUAGAGAAUUUCCUGUUCCUGAACAGUUCAAGACAGCAUGGGAUGGAUCCAAGUUGGUCACUGAACCUGCAGAAAUCAUGGGCUAACCUCCAGAGAAACCGAACCCCCUGAUCUGAACCCCCUCAUUAAAAAAAAACAAAAAAACAGCAUUACAGACCUAGAAGUUGCAGUAGCAUCUACUGCUUUAGUUUUGGCCUCCAACAAUUCUGUGCUAUGGAAACAAUCAUUUCUGGCACACCUUCAUGGGCAUUUUGAAGUAUUUAACAUUUCUUCAUGAUUUGCCUUUGUGUGUGAUUUGCGUUCCACUUGAUGACUUUUGAGCAUUGCACAUUUAAAGGGGAAAAAAAUUAUAUUCCCCUCAUAUCAUUAACACAGUAGCUGAUAGGUAAAAAUAUUGCAUGAUUCACUUUUGCACUUGCGUUUAAUUGCUAGCUGAGAAAUAAAACCUUUGAGAAUCUAAGAUAUACAUUUUUACCUUUUAGACAAUUUCAAUAUGAUGGAAUAGUAUGCUCUGAAAAAUCUACUAUUUUUUUCUUAUUACCACAUGUUCACCUUUAUCAGUUUGAUACACUGUCAAAAAGAAUUCAUAUUUCAACCCAUACUUUUACAAAACAAAAAUUCCAUACUAAGGACCAUAUUUAGUUUCUCAGUCCUUGGAAGACUUGUUUUCUUUACAGUUACU